GAAUUGUUUAGAUGUUUAAAAAAAUCACCUGCAAAAGCCCUUGAAUCCGUAGGAUUCUCUAAAAUCUGCGGCAAAUGCAAUUUCAAGUUGCUCAUCCUUUCAACUAGACACCUCAGCAUUGUAAAGCCAUUUACAACCUACACAUGUGUUGCACCUGAUGACGUAUUUUCCCAAAAUCUUAAAGGUUCUUCCGUGGGAAGAUCUUGUGAAAGAAUGGUUCAACCUGAGAACUUGAAGAAUUUUCCCAUGGGAACUGAAAAUUUGCAUGUUUUUGUUACUGUCCAGGCAUUCUCACACUUUCCUUCCGAUUUAUGGCGUGUCCUUUUUUUGGCACCACAAGAAAUUGCUGAAGAAAGUGUGGGAGAGUUCUUUAGUGCAACCAUCUGUGGGGCCUCAGUCAGCACAAAGAAAUGAUCAAAUGUGUUUAUUUCGGCUGUAAAUAGGCAUAAUUGUGAGCAAGGGCCAUCGAUAUGGGGAUAACCCUUGAAGGAUUGCCAUCCCGUAGCGCCAUGAAGGAAAAGAGCAGAAAUGCCGCAAAAACGAGACGGGAAAGAGAGAAUACUGAAUUUAUGGAAUUGGCUAAACUUCUGCCACUGCCCAGCGCUAUUACAUCACAAUUAGACAAAGCAUCUAUCAUUAGACUUACCACAUCGUACCUGAGAAUGCGUCAAGUUUUUCCUGAUGGUUUGGGAGAUGCUUGGGGAACGCAACACAUGCCUUCAAACCCUAGAGACUUGGCUAUCAAAGAAUUAGGAUCCCAUCUACUACAAACACUGGAUGGAUUCAUCUUCGUGGUGGCUCCUGAUGGGAAGAUUAUGUACAUAUCGGAAACGGCAUCGGUUCACCUAGGUCUCAGUCAGGUGGAACUCACCGGUAACUCUAUUUAUGAGUACAUCCAUAACUUUGACCACGACGAGAUGACUGCGGUGCUAUCUCUGCAUCCGAAUGUGUUCACCGUGCCACCAUUCGGAGCCACUGGGGGUGGAUUUCAUCAGCCAGCUCAACCUCCGGGGCCUCAUCACCACCAUCAUCCUCUGACCCACCAUCAAGUCCCACCGGUUGCAAUUCCUGCUCCUCUAACACCUCCCAAUUCAGUGCAUAGCACUCCUCCAGCCUCAAACCUUCCUCCUGUGGCCCAGCCACCGCCUCAGAACCCAAAUCAUCCCAUCAACAACAGUGGGAACCUGCCAAAUCUUCAUGGGGUCUCACACUCCCUGAACCAUCAUCAGGCACAGUCGUCACAAACUGUUGAAAUCGAGAGAUCUUUCUUCCUGCGUAUGAAAUGUGUUCUCGCCAAGAGGAACGCUGGACUGACUUCUUCAGGGUACAAGGUGAUUCACUGUUCGGGCUAUUUGAAGGCAAGGGUCUUUCAGAUGGACUCAAUGUAUGGCGAGGGACACAGUUGUGUCCAGAAUCUAGGACUAGUCGCUGUAGGGCAUUCAUUGCCACCGUCAGCAAUCACAGAAAUUAAGUUGCAUCAGAACAUGUUUAUGUUUAGGGCGAGCAUGGAUCUGAAAUUGAUCUUUCUCGAUGCGAGAGUAUCUCAAUUGACGGGCUACGAGCCACAGGAUUUAAUCGAGAAGACACUCUAUCAGUACAUCCAUGCAGCUGACAUACUUCACAUUAGAUAUUCACAUCAAAUUUUAAUGUACAAAGGGCAAGUAACCACCAAGUAUUACAGAUUCCUAACGAAGGGUGGUGGGUGGACGUGGGUGCAGUCCUAUGCAACCGUUGUUCAUAAUACUCGCUCUUCGCGGCCGCACUGCAUCGUUAGCGUUAACUAUGUGCUGAGCGACCAGGAGUGCAAGGAUCUGCUUUUAAAUGAAGUCCAGGGACCAGUUCGAAAUGACCCAAUUCUUACGCCCCAGACACCACCUCAAAUGACCCCAGUGGCUGCUAGUGCUCCUGCAACAGUUCAGCACCAUCAAGUGGCUGCGCCGUCACAAAACGCCGCGGCUCAUCAUCAUCCACCACCACAGCAACCCAUGAAGGAUAUAUCCCAAAACUACCAGACUCACUCGGAUUUCGAGCACUACCAUUCCUACCUCCACCAUCAAGGAGGACUGCAGGGGGAUUUUGUAACGGACAAUGCUUAUUACGAUACAUUUUUUGCCACAUACGAUGGACAUGAUCCCAAUGCUGCCCUGAGGCCUUUCUCAGCUAGUUCCAAUAGCUGUAGUAGUUCUGAAGGUGAGCAACAGAUGGGAGGUAUGCAUAUGAUUCAAACACCACCCAUGUCAGCUCAGACACAAACCACCGGCUACGGCGAAGAGCUGAGUCACCAUCAGCAAUUCAACUCCAUGAAUUGUUUCGCCGGAUCCGCCGUUGGUGCUGCGGCUGUUCCCGGAAACACUGGUCAACUACACCAUCACCAUGGGGCGCCACUGACGCACCAUGAGCCCGUCUUCGCAGACUAUAAGGCGACGCCAGGGCCGCAGUACACGAGCGUGAUCGUGGAACCGCAGAACUACCACAUGCCCAAUGAAUACGUCCACUGAGACGCCAUUCGUCGCGGCAGCUGAGAGAUGCAUCGUGAGACGUGAUCUGAUUUAAUUUAUUGCUAGUGUCUAAACGAUUAUUGGUCCCGGAAUCGAAUGAAAAAAUCAAUAAAGCGAAUGACAAUAUUUUAAUUGUAAA